AAAAAAAAAAAAAAAAAAAAAAACAAAUAAAUAAAUAAGUAAAAUAAUAAUAGAACUAUAAUUGCUUGGAAAUUCUUCUUUAACAAUCAAGUCUAAAGAAUAUUCAAAAAAGAAAAAUUUGUAAUAAGAUAAUUGAUUACACAUGGGCAAGCAAAACCUAUAAGGCAUAAAUAUUUAAUUAUUUUAUGUUGUGUAGAGCAAGUAAUUCAUUACAAAGGACUUAAACCGAUUAACUUAUAUACGCAAACGUAGAAAAGGUGUUUAUUUCUUUUCUCUUUUUUUUGCAAUAAUGCCAUCGGAAAAAUCGAUAUACAAUCCAAAUCCGGCUAUCAGUCGUAAUGCUUAUAUAUCCAGUUUCGAUGAGUACAAAAAAUUCUAUGAAGAAUCAUUGGAGAAACCGGAAGAGUUUUGGUCACGUGUCGCCAAACAAUUUCAUUGGGAAACUCCAGCUGAUCCUAAGAAAUUCAUGCAAUACAACUUUAAUAUUACGAAAGGACCCAUCUCUAUAAAAUGGAUGGAAGGUGCCUCUACCAAUUUAUGCUACAAUCUUUUAGAUCGCAAUAUACGCAAUGGCUUGGGCGAUACUAUAGCAUAUUAUUGGGAAGGCAAUCAUCCCGAUGAUUAUUCACGUGGUCUCACGUAUCGAAAAUUGUUGGAGGAAGUCUGCCGUUUCGCUAAUGUUCUUAAAGAUCAUGGCGUUCAAAAAGGCGACCGUGUGUCGAUUUAUAUGCCUAUGAUUUUAGAAUUACCGAUUGCCAUGUUAGCAUGCGCCCGUAUCGGCGCUGUACAUUCCAUUGUUUUUGCUGGCUUCUCUCCUGAUUCGUUGGCCGAACGUAUGUUUGAUUGUAAAGCUAAGAUUUUAAUAACCGCCGAUGGUGCUUGGCGCGGCGAGAAACCUCUGUACCUGAAGGCUUUAUGUGAUAUUGCUUUAGAGAAAGUCGAACAGAUGGGUCAUUCCGUAGAAAAGUGUAUUGUGGUUUCACAUUUAAAACGUGUUACUCCGUGCCAGGAAAAUCAUGUCGAACAAGAUAUUCCGUGGGCAGACGAUCGUGAUUAUUGGUGGCAUGAAGAAAUGGAAGAUAAAGAGCCGGCCUGCUAUCCUGAAUGGAUGGACGCAGAAGAUCCACUUUUCAUGUUAUACACUAGUGGCUCAACGGGUAAACCGAAAGGUGUACUACACACUACGGCAGGUUAUCUAUUAUAUGCUGCCACUACCUUUAAAAUUGUAUUUGAUUAUAAGCCAGGCGAUGUUUAUUGGUGCACUGCCGAUAUUGGCUGGAUUACUGGUCAUACUUAUGUAGUCUAUGGGCCUUUAGCCAAUGGCGCCACAUCAGUAAUGUUCGAAGGCACUCCCUUCUAUCCGGAUAAUGAUCGUUAUUGGGCCGUUAUCGAUAAGUAUAAGGUCACUCAAUUCUAUACAGCACCUACAGCCAUUCGAGCUUUAAUGAAAUUUGGUGAAGGGCCCAUAAUGAAACACAAAUUGGAUAAUUUAAAGGUCUUGGGUAGCGUAGGCGAACCUAUUAAUCCAGAAGCCUGGCUGUGGUAUUAUCGUAAUAUAGGUAAAGACAGAUGCUCUAUAGUGGAUACUUUUUGGCAAACUGAAACUGGAGGCCACGUUAUCACACCUUUGCCCGGUGCUACACCCAUGAAACCAGGUUCAGCUUCGUUUCCAUUCUUCGGAGUUAAACCCACAUUAUUAGAUGAAAGCGGUACUGAAAUUAAAGGUGAAGGUGAAGGUUAUUUGGUUUUCUCUCAACCCUGGCCGGGUAUGAUGCGUUCAUUGUUUAACAAUCAUGAACGUUUUGAGGAAACCUAUUUCACAAAAUUUCCCGGUUAUUAUUGUACUGGCGACGGUGCUCGGCGUGAUGCUGAUGGUUACUUUUGGAUAACCGGCCGUGUUGACGAUAUGCUCAAUGUAUCGGGUCAUCUAAUGUCAACAGCUGAAGUAGAAUCCGUUCUAACCGAACACAAUCGUGUGGCGGAAGCGGCUGUGGUAUCACGACCUCAUCCCGUUAAAGGUGAAUGUCUUUACUGUUUCAUAACGCCUAAUGAAAAUGAAACAUUUGAUGCAAAAUUGGUUGGGGACUUAAAGAAAUUGGUUAGAGAGCGAAUCGGACCAUUCGCUAUGCCUGACGUUGUACAGCAUGCACCCGGUUUGCCGAAAACUCGUUCCGGCAAAAUAAUGCGUAGAGUUCUACGUAAAAUAGCGAUUAAUGAUAGAAAUGUCGGCGACACCUCGACAUUAGCGGAUGAAAGUAUUGUGGAACAGCUGUUCGCCAAUCGUCCGCAAGAGACUAAGUAAGAAAUUUCGCAAUAUAAUAUCAUGAGAGUGAAACAAGGAAAUGCAAACACAAUUUGGAAGAUAAGAUAAGUCUUAAAAAAAAAUAAAUAAAUAAGCAAAGCUUCCCCUAUAAAUCUAAAAUAUGUCUAUGGGAUUGGCAAAAGAGCAAAUAGAAAGUUGCUUUCAAUACAUUGUUGUUGUCAUUUGUUCUCUGUCUUUCUCGCGUUCUCUUUCAUACUAUGUAUCCGCCUCUGGCAACCUCUAACAAAAAUUAUUAUAAAAUCUCAAGCUUUUAUGUAGCCAUACAAAAACACACGUAUAUAUAUAUAUAUAUUAUUUGUUUAUUUUAUUUUUAUUAUUUAUUUAUAUUAAAUAUGUAUGGCUUUUUUUAAGAGGAACUAAGCUUAGAAUUGUAAGUCUUUAAUAAUAUGAAACGAAUGUACACAUGAUAAAACAUUUACGCACACACACACACACACACACACCCAGACAGCCAUUCAAUAAUAAUAUUCUGCACAUUCUUCAAUUCUUAAAACGUGUGAGUCAUUAUUAUUUGUUUUAAAAUGCAAAAGGCUAACAUACACACACACACACA